CCGUGGAAAAAAGCGCCUAGCGACGCCAGCCAGUCAGCUACCUCAAAAAUCGUUCUCGAUCUCGAUCAAAUGCAUAUACGGAUCGUGUUCGCCACUAGCAAUCUGCGUUAGAACCGUGUGCCGAGUGCUGUGAUAGUGCGAAAAAAAAAAGGUUACUAUGGCACAGCGGUUUAUGUCUGCGGGUGCUUGUAACCCUCAACAACAACAGCGGUACGGUGCUGGUGGCAUCGGUGUACCGGGUCCUUCGAAUGCAGCCGUAAUGCGGCCAUACGGACCGGCGCCCGGAGCGUUUGGGGGCAGAGGAGGGUACAUGCCACAACCACCGAUGGGUCACGGUUCGCAUCUGGGUCCACAAUCGCACCAUCAGCGUCCGAUGCACGGUGGCUACCUCGGUGGUGGCAUCGGCAGUGGGGCCGGUGGUGCAGGUAUGCGUAGCUCGCCAAUGUCGGGAGGUUCCAGCGGUGGUAAACGGGGGGGCGAUCGUAAUGCGGCACACCAGAAGCAUAGCGGCGAGUACCAGGCGAAGCGCAGGCGAAAGCUGGCGGACAAGAUUUUGCCGCAGAAGGUGCGCGAUCUGGUGCCGGAAUCGCAGGCGUACAUGGAUCUGCUAGCGUUUGAGCGAAAGCUGGACGCGACGAUUACGCGCAAGCGGCUGGACAUCCAGGAGGCGCUGAAGCGCCCGAUGAAGCAGAAGCGCAAGCUGCGCAUUUUCAUAUCGAACACGUUCUAUCCUGGGCGCGAGGACCGGGCGGAUGGGGAGCAUGGAUGCCACGGUGUGCCGGUCGGAGCUGGUGGUGCCCCCGGUGAUCCCAGUUCGGUUGCUUCGUGGGAGCUCCGGGUCGAGGGCCGUCUGCUCGAGGAGGGUAAAUCGGAGGCGGGCAAGACGAAGCGCAAGUUCAGCAGCUUUUUCAAGUCGCUCGUGAUCGAGCUGGACAAGGAGCUGUACGGACCGGACAACCAUCUGGUCGAGUGGCACCGGACCCACCAGACCCAGGAGACCGAUGGUUUCCAGGUGAAACGGCCAGGCGACCGGAAUGUACGGUGUACCAUUCUGCUGCUGCUGGAUUAUCAACCGCUGCAGUUCAAGCUCGAUCCGCGGCUGGCCCGGCUGCUUGGCGUGCACACGCAAACCCGGCCCGUCAUCAUCUCCGCACUGUGGCAGUACAUCAAGACGCACCGGCUGCAGGAUGCGCACGAGCGCGAAUACAUCGUGUGCGACAAGUACCUGGAGCAGAUCUUUGGCUGCCCCCGCAUGAAGUUCGCCGAGAUACCGCAGCGGCUCAGCCCACUGCUACACCCGCCCGAUCCGAUCGUGAUCAACCACGUGAUUGCGGUGGAGGCGGGUGCAGCGCAGGACGGUGGCACCGGCAACAAGCAGACCGCCUGCUACGAUAUCGAUGUCGAGGUGGACGACAGUCUCAAGCAGCAGAUGAGCAACUUCCUGAUGAGCACCGCCAGCCAGCAGGAGAUCCAGACGCUCGACAGCAAGAUCCACGACACGGUCGAGACGAUCAACACGCUCAAGACGAAUCGGGAGUUCUAUCUCAGCUUCGCCAAGGAGCCGCACACGUUCACACACCGCUGGAUCGUGUCGCAGACGCGCGACCUCAAGGCGAUGACCGACGUGGUGGGUAACCCGGAGGAGGAGAGGCGUGCCGAGUUCUACUAUCAGCCGUGGACGCAGGAGGCCGUGUCGCGCUACUUCUUCACCAAGGUCAACCAGAAGCGGGCCGAGCUGGAGCAAUCGCUCGGCAUUCGGAACUCCUGAAACAAUACCACACUCGGGUGGGGUUCGGUGUUGGUGUUGCAGUACCGGUAUCGCGUUUCGCUUCCUUUCUUCCUUCCUUGCUUCCUUCCCACCGACAGCAUUUGAAUGUUGGCGUUUAAGGAACCUUCCCAUACUACACUACACUACACACUAAUCCCAUCUUUCCCUUCCUCACUCGCUCGCGAUCGCGAUCAUGUAUACGAUCAAUGUAUCAAUUGUUUGCGUUUGUCUGUGACGUGCAGCUUUUAGGUUAAGCGACUCUCCCCUAACAAAGGUAGAGAACCGAUUUGUUCGGGUGGUGAAUUGUAAAUGUACCCCUUCCCUUUCCCCCACUGUGCUAAUAUCGUUGUAGCGUGUGAAGCGACCCCAUCCUUUUCGCCAUGCCCUCCCUGGUGCCAUGGCCGCAGUAUGGCCUUUAGUAGUGCGUAAGACGAUGGGUCCUCAAUCAACACGAUCCAAUCGCAUAUCGCACCUUGGGACCAAUCUCGAACAAAACCGCGGACCGCGCAAACCUAACUAACCUCGAUCUCCCUCCCCAUAUCUCGCGGGUUUGCGACACUUUUGGUUUUUUUUUGUAAGCUUCUCGUUCUUUUACCAAUACCGAUUUAGUGACAAAUAGGAAGAGCAACAAGUGGCCUCGAAACGUUUCCUCGCUUCUGCGCGAAGUCGAAAGAAACCUACAAAGUGAAUACAGAUUUCCAUUUUUAACUUCAAAUAAAGUCCUAAAAUAUUC